UCAUCAUAUAGUAGCCUACUAAGCUGCCUCAGAUCUGAUGGUCCUCAGCUCACAGAAUUAGGUAUACAAACUGAAGCAAGUUGUAGACGCAGACACAGAGCGAGAGAGAGAGUAACCAUUACCUCCAUACACAAAACUUGUGAGAGAGAAAGAGAGGGAAGCGCUUUAGAGCUUAUCUUCACUGACUCGGCCGAAAACUAGGCAAAUGGGGGAGGAGGAAAAGAAGCCCGCAGCAGAAGAGAAGAACAUGGAGGAGAAAAAGACAGAAGAAGCAAAGAAACCAGAGGGAGACAAGGCUGAAAAGAAAGAGGAGGAAAAGCCAGCAGACAAACCACCAGCAGAAGAAAAGAAAGAAGAGAAAAAAGCAGAGGAUUCAAAGGAAUCCAAAGAGGAAUCACCUCCACCUCCGCAAGAAAUAGUCCUGAAGGUUUACAUGCAUUGCGAGGGUUGUGCCCGCAAGGUCCGCAGAUGCCUAAAAGGAUUUGAAGGGGUUGAAGAUGUAAUCACUGAUUGCAAGGCUAGUAAGGUGGUUGUAAAGGGAGAGAAGGCGGAUCCAUUGAAGGUUCUAGAGAGAGUUCAGAAGAAGAGCCAUAGGCAGGUGGUACUCAUUUCUCCGAUCCCAAAACCGCCGUCUGAGGAAGAGAAAAAGGCGGCUGAAGAAAAGGAGAAGCCAAAACCUGAAGAGAAGAAAGAAGAGCCUCCGGUGAUCAUAGUGGUGCUAAAAGUUUACAUGCAUUGUGAAGCCUGUGCGAUGGAAAUCAAGAAACGGAUACAACGAAUGAAAGGUGUGGAAACAGCUGAACCAGAUCUGAAGAGCUCACAGGUAACAGUGAAGGGAGUGUUUGAUCCUCCAAAGCUAGUAGAAUACGUGUACAAGAGAACAGGGAAGCACGCGGUGAUAGUGAAACAGGAGGCAGAGAAAAAACCAGAAGAAGAGAAAGGGAAAGAAUCCAAAGCCGAGAAAAAAGAAGAAGGUAGUGACAAAGAAAAGAAGGGUGGUGAACAGGAAGAAAACAAAGAAAAUAAAGAAAACGAAGGCGAGGCCAAAACGGAGGCGCCACCCACAGAAGAGACCAAAGUGGUGGAGCUGAAAAAGAAUGAAUAUUUCCAUUACCCACCAAGGUAUGCCAUGGAGCUGUACGCCUACCCUCCUCAGAUCUUCAGCGACGAGAACCCCAAUGCAUGUUCUGUCAUGUAAGAAGCUUAUGGAUUCAGGGGCAAUAUGGGAAAAAAUGGGUGGUAAUCUGCCUAUUCUUGGUGAAAGUACAAUCUGCAUAAGAACUGUAGAAUUUUAUGUACUCUUUUUUUUUUUUUUUUUUUUUUUUUGUGU